UCAUUCUUCAGAGUUCACCCUGGAUCGUGCACGGUGGAGUGGCGUUGCAUUUCACUCCUUCCUACAAAUUGAAAAACAGAAGUCAAGCCGGUUGUCAAUGGAGACAACAACACAAGACCUGAGCAACUUCACCCGCCCCGUCGGAUUCUACAUCAGAGGUUUCUACGCGCUAAAACAUGGAGAAUACUACUUCAUGUUUCUGGCGGUUAUUUACGUCCUGACACUUGUGUCAAAUGCAAUCUUGAUGUUGGUCAUAUGGUUCGCAGAAAACCUCCACACCCCAAAGUACAUGGCCGUGUUCAGCCUGGCAGUGGUGGACGUUAGUUUCAGCACCGCUCUGAUUCCUAAAGCUGUCCAUAUGUAUGUCUUUGGUUCAAAAUUUGUGUACUACGACCCUUGCUUGACACAAAUAUUCUUCGUCCAUUAUUUCGCAUCAAUGGAAUCGUUUGCUCUCUGCGUUUUGGCCUACGACAGGCUCAUCGCCAUUUGUUUCCCAUUACGAAGCAAUGUUUUAAAUACCAACUGUAAAAUGAUGCUGGUUAUUAUUGUGUCGUGGUCAAUACCGCUUAUCAUAGUCGUGGUGAUGGUUGCCUUGAUACCCCCUCUGGCGUACUGUAAAUCGACGAUUGUCAACAGCUUCUUCUGUGAUCACGGCCCAGUCUUUAAGAUCGCUUGCGGUAAUUAUUCUAAGAACUGGUUUAUGGCCAGUUUUUACACGGUAGCCUUGUACUUUGUUCCUUUUGGCUUCAUAGCUGUGACAUACUUGUUUAUUAUGUAUGCCAUUUUGAACAUUAAAUCGUCGGAGGGUAGAUGGAAAGCGUUUAAAACGUGUUCUUCGCAUUUAAUUUUGGUUGCUAUAUUUUUCGUACCUUUUCUCGUUACUUACAUCGUGGCUUGGGUUAAUGUGAAUAUUGAUACGGACACCAGAAUUCUCAACACGUCUUUGUCCGGUUCUAUCCCACCACUUUUAAACCCAAUUAUAUACUCUCUAAAAACCGAGGAGAUAUUGGAGCAAAUUAAAAAGUACCUGAGAAAUCUGAAAAGAACCUCUCCUAGCAGUUGAUGUAUUAAGCGAGCUCUUGGUUUUAGAAUCGUAGGCCUACAGGAUGUAGGUUACCAGUCACUGUAUGGUAAUUUGCUAUUUUAUAUUUGAAGUAACAGUGCAAUAGUUUUCAAAGUCAAUCCUGGUAUAUGCUGGUUUUCGUUUCAACCACAAUUGCAAUCCUCGAAGUUUAAGAAAUUGUUAUUGUUUUUUAAGACACUUUUCAUGUUUUGAGAGAUUAUAUAUCAUCUGAAGCCACGCUAUGUAAGAAAUAAUUAUGCAGAUCAUAAAGAAUAAAAGUCCCAUAUUCUCAUUGUGUUAUGUUGUAAACAAUUACGUGAAAAGAGGGGAACAUUUUAACUGAUCAAAUUAAAGACUGAGACAAAUCAAUAAGCUCUUUGACAUUGAUGCUAACCGGUUGGCAGAUAAUGAAGAAUUCAACCAUUUAUGAAACGAAUAAAACAAAUGCGUUCAACGACCGUAAUUAAGCAAGAGAUUGGCAGUAGGUAAAACUAGCAUACACAAAGGUCCCCAGGGCCGAAAUAGAGAAGGACUGGAAUUGUGCAAUAGUUACAUGUAUCGUUUCCCAAAAGUGAAACAUUAUUUAACGGAUUUUUUGUCAGAAAUAUAAGCCACAAAUGUAUUUUCAUUUUUUGUCCGUUUAGUCACAAAAAUAAUCAAAUUAAUAUGUGUGUGGUUCGAUUAAAUUAUUAGUUGAACAUACUGUAAGAAAUAUAACGGCCAAGAAAAUAGGUGAAUCACCCUUUAUUUUGUUUAUUUGUUUGCCAAGAAGGAAUCCAGGAGACUUUUAAAAUUUUAUUUAAAGAUGC